AUGAAGGAUAUUCAGGAUCAGGUUAAGGUAAAGCUUCAGCAUUCUAAUUUCAAAUAUAAAACUCAUGCAGAUAAAAGGAGGAAAGAUGUAACAUUCAAUGUUGGGGAUUUGGUCAUGGUCCAUUUAAAUAAAGAAAGGCUACCUAAGGGUCAUUAUACGAAGCUUAUGGCCAAAAAGAUUGGACCUUUUACAAUUCUCAAAUGCAGUGGUCCUAAUGCCUAUCAUGUUGAUCUUCCUCUGGAUAUUCAUUUAUCCCCAAUCUUUAAUGUUGCUGAUCUAUAUUUGUAUAAAGGUCCUGUUGAUAAUUCUGUGAAUGUAGGUGCUGCUGAUUCUCUUGUUGAUGCACAAUUUUCAGUUCUUCCUAAGCAACCACCUUUGGAGAUUGCAGGUAUCUUAGACACUCGCGUUGCCCGGAAGACAAGACGACACACUUACUAUGAGUAUUUGGUUCAGUGGAAAGAUCAGCCGAUUGAAGAUGCUACAUGGGUUACUUCUGACAUUUUGCAUCAACUCGGAUUUCCUGUUCCCGCAGUCCCAACUCAAGGGACUUGA